GGAGAAUGGUAGGAGCACAAAGAGAGUGAAGGGGAGAAGGGGAGAAGUGGGAGGGUUGUAGACUGCAGAGUGAGCCAACGAUGGCCGCUCUCAGCAUCGCAUCCGCGAGCGUAUUUGGACGAAGUGGGGCGAGAGGAAUCAGUUCGACUUCUCGUUGGCGACCCAGAAUUUCCUGUAUUGGAUGGGUAUGGGAUCCCGAACGCCUAUAUGGUCCGCCGCAGACCGGACACAUAGCUCGAAGAGAGUUUCAGAGACGUCUUGAGAAGGAUGCUGAAGCUCGGGAAUCCUUCCAAAAACAUGUGCACGAAGAACAAGAGCGUCGCCGAGCUCUUCGCCAGUCUCGCGAAUUGCCAGAGACACCUACAGAGACGAUAGAAUAUUUUCUGGACACGGAAGCUCAGGAGCUUGAGUUCGAGAUUGCGAGGUUGAGGCAUAUAUUGAACCAGGAGUUUUUCUCACACCUGCAAUUUGAGUUGGGCCAACUAAGAUUUGCUAUGUCAAAAACCGAGGCUAUGGAAGACAGAUUGGCUGAGCUCGAGACAAUGCAAAAGGUUCUGCUUGAAGGAACAGAAGCUUAUGAUAAAAUGCAGGCAGACCUCAUUAAGGCAAAAGAAAGCCUAACCAAGAUAUUGACAUCGAAGGAUGUAAAAGCAACUUUAUUGGAGAUGGUUGAGCGAAAUAAACUCAAUAGAUCAUUACUGACACUCCUUGAUGAAAAUAUAGCAAAUGCUCACAAGGGUGGCCAGAAACAAGCAGCAGAAUUCAUGGAGAAAGUCCGUGGAGCUGUUCUUAGGUACAUUACAGUUUGAAGUCCAGGUGGGAACCUGUAAAUACCUGCCCUCUCGCUCUUCGCAGGUAGUCCCAACAAGUUUGGCUCAAGAGCUACUUGCAUUUCCACAUGGCAU